GAUUACCGUAGCUGAAGUCACGUGACUUGCUCGACGGACUUCUGAACAGGGCUUCAUUGAGGGUACUCUUCUGGAUUACGUAUUUACCUUAAAUGUAUUAAAAUAUUGAUUUUUAAUCAACUUGACGGACAUCACAUGGGAAAUUUUAACAAAUAACAUAGCGUGACCUACAUCUCGACAACUUCCUUGUUCAGCAGACUGAACCUGCAGGUGAACUCCACUUCUCUCCGUUUAGAGCUUCAGGAUGUCUCUGACAAUGUCUCAGGGUGACGGUGUGACCGUUAUCACUUUCACCCCAAACCCAGAGAGCAAAUGGCCACUUAUGUGUCAGAUUCUGGGUAACUUGUGCUACAGUCCGGUGUGUUCCGCAGCUCAAAAGCUGAAAGGAAAGCUGACAGAAACUCAGACAGCUCUUGGGAUUGUACAGAUGAUAGUGGGAGUCAUCUGUAUUGUGUUGGGGGCUAUUCUUGAAGGCAACAAUAUAUUCAAUAACCUCAUGGAAACUAAAGCACCUUUUUGGCUUGGUGGUGUGUUUCUUGCCAUUGGAAUCGUGUGUAUUCUUGCUGCCAAGUUUCCCAGUCCUUGUCUGCUGGUCAUCGCCGUGAGUCUGAACAUGGCAAGUGCUGCUCUAGCAAUCACAGCCGUCGUUCUGUGUUCAGUGGACCUUGCAGGGGGGAGCAAUCAGAACUGUGAUUAUUAUGACCAUUCAGGUUAUGAAGAUAAUAAGAAGCAGCUCAAAGAAAACUGUCUGUACUACAAGCAUCUCAAUCAGAUGAUUCUCGGAGGUCUGGAUAUAAUAUUGAUAGUUUUGGCAGUUCUUCAGCUCUGUGUAACCAUCAGUUUCAGUGUUCUGACUCUGAAAGCCUUGUGUAAGAAGAGUGGGACCGCCCAGGAACCACAACUUCAUGAGCCGCUCCUGAAAGGUGCCGCUGCCAAUCCUGUUUGAUAAAGAGACACAAUGUAUUCAAUUUAUUGCAACACUUGACAAUGUUAAAAGCACUCUCAUAUGCAAGUCAUUCGUGAUGCUUAUAUUACAAAUUUUAAAAUAAUCAUUCUUGAAUUCUACAUAACAAUUUAAAUUUACUCAAUAGAUUUUCUGUGGAAACCUUAAGCUCAUAAUUUUAAAUAAACUUUUAUCUCAUUUUGUUUGA